CACGAUGAUUGGUCGAUGGGAAAAGAAGAUGGCGCUGCCCGCGAAGUAACACAAAUCAGCGAACUCUCCUCUUGAUAGAAAAAUCAAAACGAAGUUCUUUCUCGUAUCUCAUCUCACUCAUCAAAAUUUAAUCUGGACGUAACGUUGGAGGAGAAUAAAGCGCCAACGAUGCCUGCCUUCCGGCAAGUCGGAGAGAAGCAACUUCCCAACCCCGUGCUCUGUAUGGCUUGGUCGCCCAAAAGAGAUCUCAUCGCUCUGGCCAGCACAACUGGAGAGUUGCUGUUGCACCGCUUGGCCAGCUUCCAUCGAGUUUGGAGCCUGGCGCCCAGCGAGCACAUCGGAAAGGAGAUCACCUCACUCGCCUGGAGACCUGAUGGCAAAAUUCUGGCCUUCAGCCUUGGAGACACCAAGCAGGUGGUGUUGUGCAGUGUGGAGAAAGCGGAGAUCCUGCACGUCUUCCACACGCACAAGCCCGUCAGCUGCAUGCACUGGAUGGAGGUGACGGAGGAAUGCAGCGCCCUCGGUUCCUUUUAUCAGUCGGAGGAUGAGUCCAAGCUGUUUCUGCCCAAACUAGCCUCCCUCCCCAAGAGCUACAGCACAACAUCCAAACUCUUCAGUGAGGAGAAGUCAGACGAGAUCAUGAACCUCCUCGGGGAAGUCAGGCUGAACAUACUCGUCCUUGGAGGAGAUGCCGGCCAGGUGGAGCUUUACGCCUACGGGAUGUACAAGAUUGCAACUUUAGCCGGAGUUUCCGGAAGCUGUCGCACUCUCAGUCUGGCCAGUGACCUCAAGUCCCUGGCCGUCAUCACGGAGGUGAAGUCUGCCGAGGACCACGCCGAGAUUUGCUUUGUUCAGCUGGACACGGGCCUGCUCUCCGACUGCCUUCCCGAGCUCACCAGGAUGGCGCGCAAGUUCACCCACAUCUCCACGUUGCUGCAGUACCUGCACCUGUCGCUCACGUGCAUGUGCGAGGCCUGGGAGGAAAUCCUCAUGCAGAUGGACCUCCGACUCACCAAGUUUGUGCAGGAAAAAAACACAAGCACACAGGUGCAAGACGAGUUCCUGGAGCUUCUUCUGUGGGGGCAAUCGAGUGCUGAACUUCAGGCUCUUCUCAUGAACCAGCUGACGGUCAAGGGUCUGAAGAAGCUGGGCCAGACCAUCGAGUCCUCUUACUCCAGCAUCCAGAAGCUGGUGAUCAGCCACCUGCAGAGCGGCUCCGAGGCGCUGCUCUACCACCUGAGCGAAGUGAAAGGCAUGUCGCUGUGGAAGAAGAAGUUCGAACCCCUCGGCUUGGAUUCGGCCGCCAUAGAAGGCGCCAUCACGGCGGUGGGGUCCUUUUCAUUAAAGACCAGCGAACUCCUGCAGGUGAUCGACAAGAGCAUGAAGAACUUUAAAGCCUUUUUCCGUUGGCUGUAUGUGGCGAUGCUAAGAAUGUGCGACGAGCACGUACCUCCAGAACUCAACAAGAUGACGCAGAAGGACAUCGCCUUUGUCGCCGAUUUCCUCUCGGAGCAUUUCAGCAAGAACGAACAGCUCUUUGAUCGCAAAGGGAAGUACUUCAAUGUAGAGCGAGUGGGUCAGUACCUGAAGGACGAGGACGAGGACCUCGUAUCUCCACCCAGUACCAAAGGCAACCAAUGGCUUAAGUUUUUACAGGACAGCGCACACCUGAAGGAGAGCCCGCUGCUCUUUCCUUCCUUUCCCCAAAAAUCUUUGCAUUUUGUUAAGCGGAUGAUGGAGAAUGCGAUCGAGCUGUGCCUGCAGAAACCUGCGCAAGUUAUUGGGAAGUCUGUGAAGCAGUCCGCCUUUCUGCGCCUGUAUUCAGCACCACAACGCUCUGAAAACGCACCGCGACUUUUUGAGCUUCCAUCCUUGUGGAAUGACAAGAAGGCCAAAAUGCACUACGUGGUGUUCUGCAUGCCCCACAUUUUGCCGCACAAACUGUACUUGCUGCGCAAAGCAAGUGACCCAAACAGACACAUCCCGAACAGUGUCUCGUCUCUUGACUUGAGUCACCAUCUCGACGCCUCAGACGGCGAGAGCACAGAGCCCGGGCCCCGCGGCGUCUACGGUUGCCUGGAUGCUCGUUUCUAUAGCGACGACAUGCUGACUGUGGUCCUUCAGGGGACAGAAGACGAAAACAGUCGCAGCGUCCUGGCCCAGGUUUCUCUCUCAUCCACCCUAAAGUGUGAGAUUGAAUUCAACUGGACACCCAGUAUGAGGUUGGACCAGCUGAGCGGCAGCAUUCCCUGCCAAGGCCUGGUGCUGGGAAAUCAAUGGCGGGAACUGGAGGGCAUGAAAGCCCAGUUCGUAGCAGUCAACGGCAUACGAGAAGUAGCCUGCGUGCUGAGUGAAAAUCUGAGACACCUCCGUGUAUUCGAGAUGGACACGGAAGAUGAAGAGGACGAGCCGCAGAACGAUAACGCCGAGCAGGACACGUGUGACGCCACCAUGACCAGCCAGGGAGAUGAAAGUGCUGAGCCUGGAAAUGAUGAAGCGGGGAAAACCGAGGAGCACUUGGAGUUGGAGGAAGCGUCUGAACUGUAGAUGGGGUCGGAUACAACUUACUUGGUUUUGUUACCUUUUUUUUUUCAUAAAAUGGGAAAAUGCAGCAGUUGUCGUCAUAAAUUAAAGAUGUAUGUGCUUCUG